AUGGAUCCCCACUGGCUUCGAGGCCUGACCCUUUGCCAAAAUCAACGUAAACUUCACCUUCGUCAAUCUACAAAGCCCACCCGCGAUGCACCAUGCCCACGAUGUCACUGCUUCGGAACGUCUCUUCACCGACUGAGUGUUGAGAACCCAUGGUUUGCGACGCGCCCUCUACUCUGGACAUCCCAGCAUCUCGAUCUCCUGGCUAUUCGCUUCCAUCACGUCAAUAGCCGGUUCCACGCGGCACCACUGAGCGGUAUAACUUUGAGAGAUCUUGACGAAGAAGAGGUAUUUUACGAGGUUCGGGGUCUCGCGAACCGUCCCUACUGGACUUCUGGUACUGAUUCCUAUUACUUCGUCAGAGAUAACAUCUGCUUUUACUUUGCAAAGCGUGGAGUCCACAAGACAUCGUGUACCCCUCCCGUCAUCGGCUAUAUGUGCUACAUGACUGUCGCACGGGAACGAGAGAGACUCCUCACUCCUCCGCCACAUCCCAACCUUGGGUAUAACUGGACUGUCAAGCAGAAAUACGAUCGCCGCCUGGGCCAGACCACUCCAGACAGCUGGUUCGAAGAUCCUUACCUUGUCUGCCUACUAUUGUCGUUGGCACAAGCGCAGCGGUGCAAAGACAAGUCAGGAAAGCCAGCAAUCUUCCCUGUUCGCUUGUUUGUGACGAAGGACAAGGACAAGACCUUUGCGCAUGUCUUCCAUGCUGAUAUCAAUGGUCAUAUGCUUGAUGCGCUUGAUGAACCGACACUCGACUUGAAUGGAGUGGAAUGGCCAACAAUCACGCACUCGCAGAUUCCCUUCGAACCGUAUCUGACAUUUCCGGAUCGCAUAAUGGCGGAGCUACUUGGGUCGUAAAUGGUGGAAAAGGAUGUCGACGAAGUGUUGACAUCUCAAGCCUAGAAGCGAAAGGACGAGGAUGCGGAGGUCCCCUUGCAAAUAGUCAAGAUCACGAUGUAGAAUAUACCCCUUAACAUGGACAUGGAUACCCUUUGCGC